AAACAAGAAAAGAUGGCUGGAAGUUCUUAUAAUUUGCUCGAUCAAAAUGAAAGACCAUGUAAAUCCUAUGUUUAUAAAAUUAUAUUUUUUCUAUUAUCACUACUAAUAUUAGGGUGUGUUAUAUAUAGUAUUUUUACAUAUGCUAUCAACGAUAAAAGUGGAAAGGACUAUGGUGCAAGUUUUAAUAAUUCAAAUUUGGGUACAUCUGUCAGAAAAAGUAAUAAUGAUACAUCGACGGAAAGUCCAAACGCGCCGACCACAAAAUCUACCGGCGAAAGCAAUAGUGGUACAUUGACAGAAGAAAGUAAUAGUGGCACAUCGACAGAAAAUCCAAAGGCGCUGAUGACAAAAUCUACUGGAGAAGGUAAUAGUGGCACAUCGGCAGAAAGUCUAAAGGCGCUGUUGACAAAAUCUACUGGAGAAGGUAAUAGUGGCACAUCGGCAGAAAGUCUAAAGGCGCUGUUGACAAAAUCUAAUGGAGAAGGUAAUAGUGGCACAUCGGCAGAAAGUCUAAAGGCGCUGUUGACAAAAUCUACUGAAGAAUAUAAUAGUGGUACACCGACAGAAAGUCCAAAGGCGCUGAUGACAAAAUCUACUGGAGAAGGUAAUAGUGGUACAUCGACAGGAAGUCCAAAGGCACCGACGACAAAAUCUACUGAAGAAAGUAAUAGUGGUAGAUCUACAGAAAGUCCAAAGACGCUGAUGAUCAAAUCUACUGAAGAAAAUAAUAGUGGUACAUCCACAGAAAGUCUAAAGGCGCUAUUGACAAAAUCUUCUGAAGAAAAUAAUAGUGGUACAUCGACAGAAAGUCCAAAGGCGCUGAUGACAAAAUCUACUGAAGAAAGUAAUAGUGGUACAUCGACAGGAAGUCCAAAGGCGCUGAUGACAAAAUAUACUGAAGAAAAUAAUAGUGGUACAUCGACAGAAAGCCCAAAUGCGUUGAUGACAAAAUCUACUGAAGAAAAUAAUAGUGGUACAUCGACAGAAAGUCUAAAUGCGCUGAUGACAAAAUCUACUGAAGAAAAUAAUAGUGGUACAUCGACAGAAAGCCCAAAUGCGCUGAUGACAAAAUCUACUGAAGAAAAUAAUAGUGGUACAUCGACAAAAAGUCCAAAUGCGCUGAUGACAAAAUCUACUGAAGAAAGUAAUAGUGGUACAUCGACAGAAAGUCCACAGGCGCUGAUGACAAAAUCUACUGAAGAAAAUAAUAGUGGUACAUCGACAGAAAGUCUAAAUGCGCUGAUGACAAAAUCUACUGAAGAAAAUAAUAGUGGUACAUCGACAAAAAGUCCAAAUGCGCUGAUGACAAAAUCUACUGAAGAAAGUAAUAGUGGUACAUCGACAGAAACUCCACAGGCGCUGAUGACAAAAUCUACUGAAGAAAAUAAUAGUGGUACAUCGACAGAAAGUCCAAAGGCGCUGUUGACAAAAUCUACUGAAGAAAAUAAUAGUGGUAUAUCGACAGAAAGCCCAAAUGCGCUGAUGACAAAAUCUACUGAAGAAAAUAAUAGUGGUACAUCGACAAAAAGUCCAAAUGCGCUGAUGACAAAAUCUACUGAAGAAAGUAAUAGUGGUACAUCGACAGAAAGUCUAAAUGCGCUGAUGACAAAAUCUACUAAAGAAAAUAAUAGUGGUACAUCGACAGAAAGUCCACAGGCGCUGAUGACAAAAUCUACUGAAGAAAGUAAUAGUGGUACAUCGACAGAAAGUCCACAGGCGAUGAUGACAAAAUCUACUGAAGAAAAUAAUAGUGGUACAUCGACAGAAAGUCCACAGGCGCUGAUGACAAAAUCUACUGAAGAAAGUAAUAGUGGUACAUCGACAGAAAGUCCACAGGCGCUGAUGACAAAAUGUACUAAAGAAAAUAAAAGUGGUACAUCGACAGAAAGUCCAAAUGCGCUGAUGACAAAAUCUACUGAAGAAAAUAAUAGUGGUACAUCGACAGAAAGUCCACAGGCGCUGAUGACAAAAUCUACUAAAGAAAAUAAUAGUGGUACAUCGACAGAAAGCCCAAAUGCGUUGAUGACAAAAUCUACUAAAGAAAGUAAUAGUGGUACAUCGACAGAAAGUCUAAAUGCGCUGAUGACAAAAUCUACUGAAGAAAGUAAUAGUGGUACAUCGACAGAAAGUCUAAAUGCGCUGAUGACAAAAUCUACUGAAGAAAAUAAUAGUGGUACAUCGACAGAAAGCCCAAAUACGCUGAUGACAAAAUCUACUGAAGAAAAUAAUAGUGAUUCAUCGACAGAAAGCCCAAAUGCGUUGAUGACAAAAUCCACUGAAGAAAGUAAUAGUGGUACAUCGACAGAAAGUCUAAAUUCGCUGAUGACAAAAUCUACUGAAGAAAAUAAUAGUGGUACAUCGACAGAAAGCCCAAAUACGCUGAUGACAAAGUCUACUGAAGAAAUUAAUAGUGGUACAUCGACAGAAAGCCCAAAGGCGCUGAUGACAAAAUCUACUGAAGAAAAUAAUAGUGGUACAUCGACAGAAAGCCCAAAUUCGCUGCUGACAAAAUCUUGUGAAGAAAAUAAUAGUGGUACAUCGACAGAAAGCCCAAAUACGCUGAUGACAAAAUCUACUGAAGAAAAUAAUAGUGGUACAUCGACAGAAAGCCCAAAUGCGUUGAUGACAAAAUCUACUGAAGAAAGUAAUAGUGGUACAUCGACAGAAAGUCUAAAUGCGCUGAUGACAAAAUCUACUGAAGAAAGUAAUAGUGGUACAUGGACAGAAAAUCCAAAGGCGCUGUUGACAAAAUCUACUGAAGAAAAUAAUAGUGGUACAUCGACAGAAAGUCCAAAGGCGCUGAUGACAAAAUCCACUGAAGAAAGUAAUAGUGGUACAUCGACAGAAAGUCCAAAGGCACCGACAACAAAAUCUACUGAAGAAAAUAAUAGUGGUAAAUCGACAGAAAGUCCAAAGGCACCGACAACAAAAUCUACUGAAGAAAAUAAUAGUGGUACAUCGACAGAAAGUCCAAAGGCACCGACAACAAAAUUUACUGAAGAAAGUAAUAGUGGUACAUCGACAGAAAGUCCAAAGGCGCUGAUGACAAAAUCUACCGGAAAAAGUAAAGAUUUUUGUGAAAAAAAAAAUGAGUUUGUUUGUAAAGAAAUAUUAAAUAAUAAAGUAAAUGAAGAUGCUAUUGAUAAGAAUAUUAGGGAUUUUUUAAAAGGAAAUCGUCAAUCAAAUAAAAAACCAUUUUUAUCGCUAUACGAUUCUUUUUAUUUAUCUUGUUAUGAUUAUGACCCGGAAAAAAUGGAGCAUACGGACAAAAUGACUUUUGCUAUUAAUAAUAUGUAUAAAAUAAAUAGUAGUAUUGAAGAUAUUUUUGCUGAAGCUAUUUUAACUCAGAGUUUACCAUUAUUUGACGUAAAUUUGGAUUUCAAUGGAACGAAUUACAAAAUAAAGAUUUCCCGAUUUGGUCAAGGAUUAUUACCCACAAUUCAGAACUGGAACAUUUUAGAUUUCUGUGAAAAAUCAUGUAUGGAACUAAAAGAAAAUCCUCUUAUUCCGGAGUCACCCGAAGAACUAUACGAUUUUUUUUUAAACAAAAGAAAUGAAUGUCUUCAAAUAGGAUUUAAUUUAUUUUCCAAAGAUGUUGACAAAAACUUGUCAAAUAAUACUGAACUUACUGAAUAUAUUUUAAACAACACACUUAUGUUAAAGAGGGACUUUGUUGAUUUACCAGAAACCACAGUAAAAAUAGCCUACAUGGAAAACAAAACUGACUGCGAAAGUUUUUCCUACUUAAAUUGGACCAAUCUUAUGUAUAAAUUAACAGGAAGAAAUAUCGAAGAAGUCAUAAUUAAGGAUACAAACUAUUUGGAUAACAUGUUCGAGAAGCUUUGUAAAUCAAACAUAAAGUCCAAGGAACUUAAGGAAUUUUUAGUGUUAUUCCAGUACUACACAAUCCAUCAUAAAAUAUAUACCAUUAUAAAGAAAAAAGAUUGUUUAGGUGUAGCAAAGGACGUAAUGCCUGAUAUAACUAACUACAUUUAUCAACAAACAUCAAACAGUGAUAAUAGCAAGACUUUUCAAACCAUACAAAAUCUUUAUACAAAUUUAAACAACACUUUAGUAAAUACUUAUACAGAUGGAAACCUUACAAGAAUAAACAGUGGAGUAAAAUUAAUAAAAGGAACACCAAACAACAAGACAGAAAGAUUAUUUAAUACUUAUUCAUCAAUAAAAUUAAAUUCAAGAAAUAGUUUUCCAGUUAUGUUUAGGGAUUUACUUCAAUCCCGUAUGAAAUUCUAUUUUAAUAUGGCAGAAACUAAGUUCGACCAAGAUAAAUUUUUUAGCAAUUUUAUAAGCGUGAAGGAUAAACACCCUAGGGCUUUUAUUCCCUUAAAUUUUAUAGCUAUACCAGAUGAAAUGUUGAAAAUUAAUAUUGAUUCAAUGCCACAAAGUAAAAUUAUUACAAAAAUAGGUUUUAAAUUGGCCAAAGAAUUGGUUAAAUUUGUGCCAAUUUCUCAAGAGAACAAAAAUGAUUUCAUGUAUUUACUAAACAAUGUAAUCAUAUGCAAUAACACCAUAAAAUACAAGGUUCAAUAUUCGCCAGAAGAGGAAGUAGCCAUAAAGGUUGAAUCUUUAAAAAUAUUUCAAGAUGAUUGGGUAACAUUUAACAAAACAUUUAAUUUAAUUAAUUGUUUAAGGCAGGAAAAAGGAGUAAGCUCAACAGAUUUUUACACGAAUUUACAAGAUAAUUGUUAUGAAGAAGAAAGAGAAAAAUUCUUGAUAAAUCUAAGACACAAAAAAUAUUUUCCGCAAACUUUAACAACCAAUGAAAUCGUUUAUGAAGCUCAAAAAGAAAAUGGUUGCAAUCAACCAGAUAAAUGCCGAACAUUUUAUAUACCAUUUUAUUAACCAUGUUUAAUGAAUAAACAAUGUUAUUAAAUGAAAAACUGCAUUUUUACUCUAGUUACUAGUUGUUGUUUUCUAUUCGCUGUUGUAGUUUAUCAAUUUUUUGUUUUUAGUUGCAAAAGCAAAAAUAUAUGAUGUGUUUAUAUUCAUAAACUUGUAUUUUUUACCUAUAUUUUACAUUUCU